AUGACCACUUCAACCACCCUUCCCCCCCUCAUUGUGCCACAGCUCUCCACAGACAGUGAUGAGUCCAGCGAGGACGACCUAAGUGCGCCUGAAUCAAAUCGUUAUCGUCUGCUCAAUGUGAAUAACAGCAAUAACAAUGAAGAGGAGAAAAAGAAAAAAAGGAAAAAGGAGAAGAAGGAGAAGAAAAAAAACAAGAAGAAGGAAAAGGAAGAAAAGGAGGCAAAAGAAAAAGAAGAGAAGGAAAAGGAAAAAGAAAAGGAAAAGGAAAAGGAAAAGGAGAAGGAAAAAGAAAAGAAAAAGGACAAAGAUAAGCCUAAAGAAAUAUUUGUCAUUAAUCCUGCUGGGAAUUUGUAUUACAACUGGCUGUUCAUCAUCACACUACCAGUCAUGUACAACUGGACCAUGAUCAUAGCAAGGGCUUGCUUUGAGGAGCUGCAGCAUGACUACAUCAUGUACUGGGUUAUUCUGGACUACACUUCAGACUUCAUCUACCUGGCUGAUAUGUUCAUCAGGACCCGAACAGGUUACCUGGAGCAAGGCCUGAUGAUAAAAGAUAAGAAGCUGCUAGUUGAUCGCUACAUCGCCACCUUCCAGUUUCGUCUCGAUUUUAUCUCCAUGCUGCCCACUGACUUCCUCUAUUUCUUCCUCGGCCUCGACUACCCAGAGAUUCGCAUCAACAAGCUGCUGAGAAUCGGCCGCAUGAUGGAGUUCUUCACGAGGACGGAGACUAAAACCAACUACCCCAACAUUUUUCGCAUCGGUAACUUGAUCAUGUACAUCCUCAUUAUCAUCCACUGGAAUGCUUGCUUCUACUUCUCCUUCUCCAAAUACAUUGGUUUUGGUGCUGAUGACUGGGUUUACCCGGCUCUGGAUGAUCCUAACGAGCCUGCGUUUGGGGAGUUUGGCAGGAAGUAUUCAUUCAGCCUCUACUGGUCCACACUGACCCUGACUACCAUCGGAGAAACUCCACCACCGGCCCUGGACUCAGAAUUUUUUUUCCACGUGAUUGACUUUUUAGUGGGGGUCUUGAUUUUUGCCACCAUUGUAGGAAACAUUGCCACCAUGAUUUCCAAUAUGAAUGCUGCCCAAGCUCAGUUUCAGUCCCGGAUUGACAACAUCAAGCAGUACAUGCAGGUCCGAAAGGUCAGCAAGGACCUUGAGUUGCGAGUCAUCAAGUGGUUUGAGUAUCUGUGGAAUAGUGGCAGGGCUCAGGAUGAAAGAGAGGUGAUGAGGUAUCUUCCAGACAAGCUAAAGGCUGAGAUUGGCAUCCAGGUCCACAUGGAGACACUCAAGAAAGUUCGUAUUUUUGCAGACUGCGAGGCAGGCCUGCUGAUCGAGAUGGUGCUCAAGCUGAAAGCGCAGGUUUUCAGUCCAGGAGACUAUAUCUGCAAAAAGGGCGAUAUUGGCCGUGAGAUGUACAUCAUCAAAGAUGGAAAACUUGCAGUUGUUGCUGAUGAUGGUGUCACACAGUUUGUUGUGUUGGGAAGCGGCAGCUACUUUGGUGAGAUCAGUAUUCUUAAUAUUAAAGGCAGCAAAGCAGGAAAUCGGCGAACAGCCAACAUCCGUAGCAUUGGAUAUUCAGACCUCUUCUGCCUGUCCAAGGAUGACCUGAUGGAGUCGCUGGUAGAGUAUCCGGAUGCCAAAGGCAUGCUGGAGGAAAAAGGGCGGGAGAUCCUGAUGAAAGAUGGUUUGAUAGAUUUGGACCCAGCUAACAUCAUACCCGAGGCCAAGGAGUUGGAGGAGAAGGUUAACAAAUUGUACAACACGUUGGAGCUAAUGCAAUUCAAGCUGAAGAAGGUUCUGGGAAAUUACAAAAACACUGACAAGGCUCUGAGACAUCGCAUCGCAGAUCUGGAACACCUAACAGGAGAAGAGGUGGAAGACGAGGAUGAGGAGGAAGAAGAGGGGAAAAAGGAAGACAAAAUGGUGGAAGGGGAGAAAAAGGAAGAAGAGAAAAAGGAAGAAGAGUUAAAAGGCCAAGAGAUAAAGGAAGUCGAAGAAGAAGGUGAAGAGGAAAAGAAGGAAGAGGAAAAAGACGAGGAAGCAAAAGAUGAAGAAGAAAAGGUUGAAGGGGCAAAAGAAGAGGAGGAAAAAUAA